AUGGCGGCCGCCGGAGCAGCGCUGCGGCUGCGCCUCCUGUACCGGAUGCUGCGCGUGGGGGAGCUCCUCGCGCUGGUGGCGUUCCUCUCCUGGUCGUCGUCCCGCGUGCCGUCCGCCGCCGCCGCCGUGCUGCGGUUCGCGGGGUCGCUCCUCCUCAACGCCCGCUUCGUCUUCGUCCUCGGGAACGCCAUCGUGCUCCUCCUCCUCGCGCUGUCGCGGCACGACCUCUCCGCCUCCUCCUCGUCCUCCUCCAGCGGCCAGCAGACGAGCGCGGUGGCGACGACCACGACCGCCGCCGCCCCGCCGCCGCAGGAUGCCCCGCCGGCCGCCGCCAGCGCGAGCUUCGCUUCCUCGUUCACCAGUACUCCGAUAACUCCACUGCCUCCUGCUGCCUCGCUGGAGGCCUUCAGCCCGCCGCCGGCUCCAGCGAUGGAGGUAGCGUCGGCAGCGCCAGCGGAAGCGGGCACGGCGUUCGAAGACAGGCCACCGGCGGCGUCGGCGUCGGCGGUGGCGCGGGUGAGCAAGCUGGCGCGCGCGCCGAGGCGGAGCAGAUCGGAGAAGAUGAGCUCGCGGGUGCUGCAGCUGCGGCGCGCGGCGUCCCCGCCGGCCCCCGAGAUGCGGCGGUCCGAGUCGGAGAACGGGCGGCGGCGGUCGUCCGUGUCGGCGCGCGACGCGCGGGGCUACUGCUGGGGCGCGGACGACGCGGACGAGUUCCGGCGCACGGUGGAGGCGUUCAUCGACAAGCACAAGCGGUUCCAUCGCCAGGAGUCCAUGACGAUGGCCGUCGUCGCUGGCUCCGGCUCCGGGGGCGGCGGGCACUGCGAGGCCGCCCCGGCCUUCACCGGCGCCCUCGCCGUCGUCGAAUAA